ACUAACAACUAUUCUCCUUAUCUUCACAAUUUGUAGGUUAUUCCCUGUGGAGAUGAACCAUUCAAGAUGGAUUUUCCCCUGAACUUAACGCACUUAACAUUGAAGGCUGCUCUGCAUGAACAUGAAUUUUUUGGAAUAUGCUUCUUCCUGCGCAGUAGUCCUUGUUUGGAGACUCUCACAAUCCAAAUAGGCCCCGGAAGAGUGUUUCCUGAUUACGCGCCCCCAUUUCCGCUGGGGCCCGAUAACUUCUGGGAGAAGAAGUUCCCCCCCUUCAACUCCUUACCCUUCGAGUGCUUCAACACUCUUACUGUUGUGGAGGUUGAAGGCUUCAGGGGAACAAGGCAUGAACUUCCCUUCCUGCGCUAUUUGAUCCGCUCUGGUCAUGUCCUGGAACACCUACACAUUACUGUAUCAAAGGAAGGUGAAGAAAAUGGUGGAAAUGUCCAAGCAUACCAUGAGAGAGCUCAAGUGCUGCAGACGUUCCCAAAAGCCUCACCAAAUCUGCAGAUAUCUAUCUAUUAAAACAGAGGACUCUCUGCUUCUUCUGCUGCUCCUAUUGGCUACUACAUUUUAAUAAAUGGAGCAGCCCCUAUUAGCUAUUUGUAUAAGAGAAAUUUGAAAUAAGAACACAAUAAUCUCUAUUAAUUUCUCGUAAAACUUUUGAAUUUGCUGGCUUUCAAA